AUGUCCAGCCACUCAAGCUCCUUCACCUCGACCUCGUACUCCUACAGCUCGUCCAGCAGCUCUUCCAACGGCCGAACCACAGGCGUAACCCACUCCACCCAGUCUCACACAAACCCUAAUGGCACAACUGUUCGCACCACUCAGCAGAACAUGGGUGGUCCUACAAUCGAGGAGACUCGCCACUACGACAGUCAAGGUCGCGAGCAACUAGGCCUGUCUUCGAACAACACCAACCAGCGUCGCUUGCAAGAUUUCGAGGUUGAAGAUGUGACUGACGAGUCUGAGGCCGACAAGAAGUAUCGUGAGGCCAUGGAGGAUGAAUACGCCAAGCGUGAGGGCGGUGCUUGA